CAAGGAAAUGUUUUUUCUCCCCCGGGUGAAGAUAGGAAUAUGGUUGAGAUAAUGGGACAAUUGGGCGAUCCUCAUGACCCGAGACACGGAGGAAACAGUGACAAAGGCACCGUUCAAUUGAAAACUUGAAACUCUUAUCUCCCUCCCAUUUUGGUUUAGGCGUCUGUGGACCUUACGAGGCGGAGGAGAUUAAGAAGUUCGAGUUCUAGCUAUCUUCGGAGCUUCCUUUUGACAAUCCCCUCUUCUGCUCCAUUUAUUUCGUGUUCCCUCACUUCCCUAUCUGGCACUACUCGCUCUCCUUUAAACCUCACACCUUGAAGAGAAUCGAUGGCUGCUUCGACUUCCAAAGCUUUCCUGGGAGAUAUCUAUGUGGAUGAUAUUGCCACAAGUUGCAGCAGUGCACUAGACAUUGUCACUAAGCAUACUGGUGUUUACUUCAAAGACAGAAGUCGCAAAGGUUGCCUGAGAGCUAGUGUGGAUAGUAGAAGGCCAGAACCGUUGAAUGGUCCUCUGAGUUCUCGAUAUUCCAUUUUUUAUGCUAACUGGAGGAAGCAGAACUCUAGCUUGCAUCAUGGACCAUGGCUGAAGAAUUUCUCUGUUACCUCUCCUGCUUGUUUCUCAGCUGGAGCUGCACAAGAAGUCUCAUGUGAUGGCAACACUUCUGAUGACCAACUUGCAAAUUCUUCCAUUUCUCCUGAGCAACCCAUUGGAAGUGAGAGGACCUUGACGCUGGUCGCAGGAUCAUGUUACCUGCCUCAUCCAGAUAAGGAGGAGACGGGAGGAGAAGAUGCUCAUUUUAUUUGCACGGACAAACAAGCAAUCGGUGUUGCAGAUGGUGUAGGGGGCUGGGCUGAUGUUGGUGUUAAUGCAGGAAUUUUUGCUCGUGAGCUUAUGUCUAAUUUAGUAAGAGCAAUUCAAGAGGAGCCCCAAGGUUCUAUUAAUCCGUUGAGGGUGUUAGAGAGGGCUCACUCAAGUACAAAGGCCAAGGGUUCAUCAACAGCUUGUAUCAUUGCCCUUACUGAUAAGGGACUACAUGCUAUUAACCUGGGUGACAGUGGAUUCGUUGUGAUUAGAGAUGGACGCACCGUUUUCAAGUCCCAUUUUCAACAGCAUGGCUUCAAUUUUACAUAUCAAUUGGAGAGUGGCAAUGGAGGCGAUCUACCUAGCUCUGGCGAGGUUUCUGUAAUGCCUGUCGCCCUGGGAGACGUUGUCGUUGCUGGAACCGAUGGACUAUUUGACAACUUGUACAACAAUGAGAUUACUGCGAUUGUUGCGGAGGCAGUAAGGGAUAGACUGGAACCGCAAAUAGCUGCUCAGAAGAUAGCAGCACUAGCUCGUCAUAGGGCAAUGGACCGGAAUCGGCGGACACCAUUUUCUGUUGCUGCUCAAGAAGCUGGGUUCCGCUAUCUUGGUGGCAAGCUUGAUGACAUUACGGUUGUCGUUUCGUAUAUAACAGAGCUCAAUUAGUGGGUGAGUUUCUCUUUAGUCUUUACCUUUGCCUCAGCCUGCAUAGUCAUAUUUUUAAAGCGUCUGUUUAGCUAGCCAUGUCCAACAUUAUUUUCCCCUUUUAACCUGCAUGAUCUUCAUCUACUUGUAAUUUUUCACUCGAAUUGGAGUUGCUAGAGUUGAACAAUUUUGUUUAAUUUCUUGGAACGCCAUUACAUUUCAUAUCGUUCCCUGAUCUCGCGGCGUUCUGGAAAAACUCUUUUGUAAUGGCUGCUUGGUUAUACUAUUAUACAGUAUUUUCUCGUGGGCAA